GCUCUCUUCCUUCUUUAAUUUCCAUGUCCGGUUUAUACACACAACAGAGCAGCAGUGUGUUUCAAUUCAAUCGACGAUUAUCGUUUGACCCGUGCUUGUGUGACUACGUGUGUCUGUGUGUGUGUGUGUUUGUCUACGUGUGUUUUAAAAGGUGCUGCCAGCCCAACGGUGGGAGUGAUUGUUUAGCUCGAGUUUAUCAGUGACAGAUUGGUUUUUAUUCACAAUUUCAAUCGUGGUGUGCCAUUAGAGCUGUGUGUGUGUGUGGAUGAAACACGCCUGCAGGGUUGCGACGAUUGAUAUUUUUGGACUCCGUUUGUUGUGAGCCGAUCGCAGACAGGAGCUUCGUUUAUUUUGCUGGGCCAAGAGGAGGGCGAUAAACGAAAAAGGCAGCUGGACAGAGAGAACAAGGACUCGUGCCGUGACAGAAUGGCAGCCGAAGCAGCUACUACGAUGGCUGCUGCUGAACAAAAGUUGAAUGGAUUGGACGAGCAGCAGCUCAACGGUUGCGAAUUUGACCCCAACGCCGUGGUGGAUGAGGACGAUUUAAAGAAAUUACGGCCGCCAGAUAUCGACGCCGACGUCCGCGACAUGGAACGUCGACGAAGAGUCGAAGUCAUGAUGGGCAGCAGGACCUUUCGCGAUGACUUGGAGAGGAUCGUUGACCAGCAGUUGAGAGAAGGAGGGGCUGCCGGACUCUUUGCUCUUCAACAGCACAUUUCAGACUUGACCGGAAUGGGUACCCAUCGAGGGUUGGGCGGCGGUGGAGGUGGUGGAGCGCGUUGCGUUAUCCCCAUCAACGAUAUUAAAGGCGUGGAUUUCCCCAGUUACGUUAAAGGAGAAAAGAUCAUUCGGUGCAAGUUGGCAGCCCUCUACCGGCUGGUCGACCUUUUCGGCUGGUCGCAAUCUAUUUACAAUCACAUUACGGUUCGCGUGAGCCAGGAGCAGGAGCACUUUCUAUUGAACCCGUUUGGUCUGCUGUACAGCGAAGUAACGGCCUCUUCCCUGAUUAAGGUCGACAUGCAGGGCAAUGUGGUCGACCCAGGAACAACGAACUUUGGAGUCAACAUUGCCGGUUUCGUCCUACAUUCGGCCAUCCACGCUGCCCGCCCGGACGCCAAAUGUGUCGUCCACAUCCACCAUCCAGCUUGCGUCGCCAUCUCCGCCCUGAAAUGCGGGUUCCUUCCCGUCAGUCAGGAGAGCGUGUUGAUCGGGGAAGUGAGCUACCACGACUACUACGGCAUUUUGGUGGAUCCUGAAGAGCGUGAGUCGAUCGCACGGAAUCUCGGCCCCUUGAACAAAGUGAUGUUCCUCCGCAAUCAUGGCCUAGUCAUCCUUGGCGAGACCAUCGAGGAGGCAUUUUUUCGCGCCUGCAAUACCGUCCUGGCCUGCGAGUCACAAAUCAGAAUGAUGCCCGUCGGUCUCGACAAUUUGAUCAUGAUUUCAGAGGACGCCAAACGACGCUCUCAGGAGGUAGCCAAGAGAGCCAACGAGUUCACUAGAGCCGGACGCAAUAAUGUUACAUUGACUGGAGUCGAGACUGGAGAGCAACCCGAACAAGAAGAGGUUAAAGAGAAACCUCGGACUCGCGAGGUCAAGUGGCGACAGGGCGACAUGGAAUUCGAAGCUUACAUGCGGAUGUUGGAUAACUCUGGUUACCGAAGUGGAUAUCCGUACCGCGUCCAUUCAGUGAGAACGGAACUGCCCAGGCAGAAACAUGACGUCGAAGUCCCACCGGCCGUCUCUUCCUUUGGUUAUUUGAUCGAGGAAGACGAGCUAUACAAAAACAGCCCACUCAGAAAGUUGCUAGACGGACGUCGAACCCUGGAUAAGAACCGCUGGAUCAAUUCACCCAACGUCUACCAAAAAGUGGAAGUAGUCGAGCAAGGAACGCAGGAUCCCAAGAAGAUCACCAAGUGGGUACCCGAUGGCUCUCCGACUCACAGCAGCACUCCGUUCAAGUUGGAGAUUGCCCACCAAUUUGUUCCCAUGGGCACGACAUCGAAGGAAUUUAAACAGAAGCAGAAGCAGAUCAAAGAGAACCGUCGCCAAGGUGGCAUCAGUGCCGGCCCCCAGUCGCACAUUUUGGAAGGUGUCAGUUGGGACGAAGCUCAAAAAUUACAAGACGCUAAUACAAGCGGCACAGGCGACCAUGUAGUUGUUGUCGGUGCAGCAUCAAAAGGCAUCAUUCAACGUGACUUCCAGCACCACGCCAUGGUCUACAGAACUCCGUACGCCAAGAAUCCCUUUGAUUCCGUCUCGGAUCAAGAGAUUGAGGAAUACAAAAGACAAGUGGAGAUGUCUCAGAAGGGUAUUUCAGAGGAACACGAAGUCAGUUACUCAACUACGGAAGCUCCCACGAUGGAGCCUCUUGUAGCCGAGUCUGUCGUACUAUCUCCAAGUGGUGAGCCAGUCCACCCCGAACGGAAAUCAUCACCAACAUCGCCACGGCCGCUAAGUGACGACGAAGCAAGUCCACGAGUAGUUGAGGUGGCUGUGAAACACGUGCCGCAAGAAGAUCACGCACAACGCCAACUUCUCCCGGCAGACGAUACCACAGGGGCCGAGUCGCCUGAGCCUUUUGCCGAGCGCUCGAAAUCCGCCCGCCUUCCGCGCGACGGGUCGGGCGAUGCUUGGGACAUGUUCAAGCGUCGCUCGUGGUCGCUGGGCCGCGACAAGAGGAAACACCAGAAUAAAGGCGCUGAAGUGAAUGGCGACGAAAUAGACAACCCACAGAGCCAGGUGUCGCAGAGUAGCCGCGACGAAUCGUCAGCUCGCGACAUGUCGACGGAAGAUUCUCCCUCCAAAUCCAAGGACAAGAAGAAGAAGAAAGGACUUCGAACACCAUCCUUCCUCAAGAAGAAAAGCAAGGAGAAGAAGAAGCCAACACCAGAAGCUUGAACAACUACUUCACUUUCGCUUUCAGUGUUCGGAAAUAAUCUAUAAAUGAGAAACAAACUCUUUUGGGACUCUUUUGGGGACAGCGCACUGCCACUCGAGUGUCGUCGGGGUUUUUCUCGUUUUUUUUUUUUUUUUUUUUUUCCUUAUUUUUUCUCAUCUUAAAGAAAAAAAAAACCAUGAAUAAUCUCUUCUAUAUACUUCAGCUACUCUCCGGUAGUCCUCUUUGGUUUGCGUCAAGUAUCGUAAAAAAAAACUAAUCCGCCUUGCUUUAGAUUGGAGAAGAAAAAAAAAAGUGUUUGGUUUUUAGUAUCUCUUUCUCCGUUACACUCUUGUGAGACCAGAAUCUCUGAUUCAAGGAUUGUGGACGACGAAAGGCACUUUGCAGAAACUUUUAUUUGAAAAAAACAAAAACACAUUAAACUCUUGGCUUCUUUGUACCACCUUUCUUUUCGACCCACUACGCUACCCGGUAGACAAUAAUUGGAGAUGUCGCGCGCUGCAAUUGUGUAAAGAACGUAGGGGUCUUUGGGAGAUCGACGAAAAAACCUGUUUGUUUGUGUUGGGCUUGGUUGGACAUCUUCGGACUGAGACAUACAAUAGAACCAAAAUGGAUGAAAUGUGGCGUGGGGUUUUCUCGAUAAGUGUCGAUUUCUUAAUCGCAGUGCGAGGUGCUUUUUUCAAUUCAAAACCUAAAUCCUGUGGAUUGACUUGAUGUUAAUACUUCGUUUUAAUUUUCUUCUGUCGUCUUUUUCUUCCCCACCGUUGGCCUCUUCAUUUUGUUUCGAGUUAAGAUUCGUCAGGUGUGUCUAUCCCCCCCAUUAUUAUUCCUUUUUGUUAAUGUAGUACUAAUUCAUCCGUGAUGUGGGCCACUUACUUUCUUCCUCAAUCCCAUGAAAUUUACUUUCUAUAUCCCAAAUCUUGUAGCACACACAUCCCCCAGCUAUUUUGCUAUCUUAUUUAUAUUUUACCUUUCUAUAAACCUGGCAAUUUUCUUCAAAUCCUUUCCAUCUAUUCCUUUCUUUUUUCGACUUUUUUUUCUAGAUUUGUUAAAAAGCGUUUUCGUUGGUUUGGUAUGCUUUUUUUAAACUGUGGAGAAAAGGUAGCUUGAACACACAUGCCAGCUUGACCAGCAGCUUAACAUUAAAACAAAAAAAAACCCUUUGACUACCGAUUUUUUUCUUCUGGUAUGCAGUUCCGUGUCAUUUGAAAUCGAACGAAAAGUGUACUAUGAUGUAUCACUAUAUAACUGUACUGCACGUGGCGUCUGGCCGAAAAUUAUACCUUAAUCUGAAUGUCCACAGAA